CUGGGGGCAAAAACCGGUAAUUACGCGCCGCGCGGACAACUUUGGCGAGGUGCUACAUGGAUUGCGCAGCAGCAACAGGCCAGUCACUGGCGUCUACUGAGAUUUCACUCACGGUAGAGUGAAGUGUGACUCAGUCAUCCUCGUCAGCCUGGUCACAUCAUCAUCAAGUUUACGAGGCAACCUGUAGCUGUGUGCCCUUUUACUGCAGGCAUCAUUUCACCAAGGCGCAAUGACGGGACACACGGGACACAGCUGACGGUUUUGAAUCUGUAGCCCGGGGAGGAGAGAAGAAACAAGAGUGCAGGGAAGCAGCCCCAGUGCAAACCAUGUAUGGCCGGUACACCCAGGAGCUGGGUGUGUAUGCCAAGGAGGAAGCAGCGCGACUGCGGGAUGGAGGACUACGGGACGGUGGAGGACUGCGGAGGAACACCAGCGUCCGUAGUCGUGCUGCAGAUCUGCUGGAGUAUGAGAAAGACCCCUGUGUAAAGUGUCGGUCAUGUGCAUCUCGCUGCCAGAAGUUCCUGAUCUCGCGCGUCGGGGAGGACUGGAUCUUCCUCAUUCUGCUGGGGCUGCUCAUGGCUCUGGUCAGCUGGGUCAUGGACUACGCCAUCGCUUUUUGCCAAGAAGCACAGAAGUGGAUGCACGGUGGACUGGACAGCAACAUGCUCCUGCAGUACAUCGCCUGGGUCAGCUACCCUGUGGUGCUCAUCACUUUCUCAGCAGGAUUCACUCAGAUACUGGCUCCUCAGGCUGUGGGUUCAGGUAUUCCUGAGAUGAAGACGAUACUGAGGGGGGUGGUGCUGAAGGAGUACCUGACUUUUAAGACAUUUGUGGCCAAAGUCAUUGGCCUGACCUGUGCCCUUGGCAGUGGCAUGCCUCUGGGGAAGGAGGGGCCCUUCGUUCAUGUCGCCAGCCUGUGCGCAGCUCUGCUGAGCAAAUUCAUGGCUGCCGUCUUUGGUGGGAUUUACAUGGUGAGAAUGGAAGAGCCUUUUGUGGGAAACAAGAACGAGCUGAGGAACACGGAGAUGCUGUCAGCUGCCUGUGCAGUGGGUGUGGGCUGCUGCUUCGCUGCACCUAUUGGAGGGGUGCUGUUCAGUAUCGAGGUAACGUCAACAUUUUUUGCGGUGAGGAACUACUGGAGGGGCUUCUUCGCUGCCACCUUCAGUGCCUUCAUAUUCAGAGUGCUGGCAGUCUGGAAUCAGGACGAAGAGACCAUCACUGCUCUUUUUAAGACACGUUUCCGUUUGGAUUUUCCGUUUGACCUUCAGGAGCUGCCAGCGUUCGCCGUCCUGGGGAUCGCCUGUGGUUUUGGCGGCGCUCUGUUUGUCUACCUGAACCGUUUGAUUGUGGAGUGCAUGAGGAAACAGAAGACGAUCAACAAGUUCUUGCUGAGGAAUCCCUCUCUUCCUGUCAGGCGUCUGAUGUAUCCUGCGCUCGUCACCCUGCUCGUCUCCACACUCACUUUCCCCCCGGGCCUCGGCCAGUUCAUGGCUGGACAGCUGACGCAGCAAGAGUCUCUGGUCGCGCUGUUUGACAACCGCACGUGGUGCCGUCAGGGUGUGGCCGAGGAGUUUGACUACAUCAGUCACCACCACGGCUGGAAACACCCCCAGGUUAAUGUCUUCAUCACACUCGUCCUCUUCAUCAUCAUGAAGUUCUGGAUGUCUGCUGUGGCCACCACCAUGCCUGUUCCAUGUGGGGCCUUCAUGCCCGUUUUCCUGAUCGGCGCAGCGUUUGGCAGACUUGUCGGUGAGAUCAUGGCAGCCAUGUUUCCCGACGGCAUACAUGCUGAUGGCAGAGUGUAUCCCAUAGUUCCUGGUGGUUAUGCUGUAGUUGGUGCAGCAGCGCUGGCUGGAGCGGUCACCCACACGGUGUCCACAGCAGUCAUCGUGUUCGAGCUGACCGGUCAGAUCUCCCACAUCCUCCCUGUGAUGAUUGCCGUCAUUCUGGCCAACGCUGUGGCUCAGUCUCUCCAGCCGUCUCUGUACGACUCCAUCAUCCGCAUACAGAAACUCCCUUAUCUGCCUGAGCUGGGAAUGGGACAUCACGAGAGGUACAAUACCCGUGUGGAGGACAUCAUGGUCAGAGACGUGCGCUACAUCACCCUGCACUCCUCCUAUCGGGACCUGCAGGAGAUGCUGCUGACGUGUCACCUCAAAACACUGGCACUGGUGGAAUCCAGAGACUCCAUGAUCCUGCUGGGCUCCAUCGAGCGACUGCAGCUCCAGUCUCUGCUCUCUCUGCAGCUGGGACGCCAGCGGAGGCUGGAGUUCCUCCACCACCUGACGCAGGACAACGGCACACACGAUCACCUGCCCAGCCUGACGAGCGACAGCACGCCCAGCUCGUCCUGCGCCCACAGCCAGGCCAACGCCUCGGCCAGCGCUCGCCAAGGGGUUCGCUUCCUGGUGAGCACCCAACAGAUCUCCACAGAGGAGUCUUCUUUGUUCAGCACGGUGGCGUCCAACGUCCAGCUGCCUCUGAAAUCUGCCUUGAAAACUGUGUCUGCCAUCAGUGAUGCAGAGACACCAAAUAGCUCUCAGACCCUGUCCUGUGCUGACCAAGACAAGGAGCUGCUGGAGAGCCCGGCUGGGCCGGCUCCUCCUGAAAAAAGAAAGCCCAAGCCCAAAAGAGUGAGGAUCUCCAUGGCGGACUCGACUGUGGAAGUGGAAGAUUGCAUGACUCCGUCAGAGAUAGCGGAGUGGGUGGAGCAGCAGCUCGAUGAGCCGGUGGAUUUCAAAAACUGCAAGAUCGAUCCAGCGCCUUUCCAGUUGGUGGAGCAAACGUCUCUUCACAAGACUCACACCAUCUUCUCUCUGCUGGGUCUGGAUCACGCCUAUGUGACCAGCAUGGGACGUCUGGUGGGAGUGGUCUCUCUCAAAGAGUUGCGUAAGGCCAUUGAGGGCUCAGUCAUCGUGACUGGAGUGAAAGUGCGCCCUCCGCUGGCCAGUUUCCGAGACAGUGGGAACAGCACAAACGUAUCCGAGGUGACUGAAUUACACAAGCUGUGCAUCCGCCACAGGGGGCUCUCAUUGCCCCGGGAACCAAACCUUCCUAAUGUGGAGGACCAGGCCGAUCUCUCGUACAAAGAGAUCCCCGUCAACUUCUCAGACCAGACUAGUUUGCAGUUUGAAACCAGCGCCGAUGACAUCACAAAUCAUUCAUCGGAGCUGGUGCUGCAGGAGAGUCCGUCGUUCACCGAGGACCAAUCAGAGUUUACGUUUGACUGCAGCCCCUCCCACACUGAGGAGUCAGAGCUGACCUGUGACUAUGACCCCCCCACCCAAACCCCUGAGCCGGACGAAACAGAGCAACAGCAGGGCAUUCCACCUCUGAACAAGGACCAAUCAGAAGCCGAGGAAGAGAGUUGUCCCCCCCACAAGCAGGAUCAGUCAGAAUGAUCGGAACCGUCUCGACGUCUCAUGAAUGUUGACGUUUCUUACAUUUGUAGAGGACACACUCACCUUCAAGUCCAGCCUAGAUGAGUGAGUGAGUGAGUGAGUGAGUGUGUGUGCAGAUGCCUGUUUUAUGGAUAAAUCUGAUUGAAUUCUAUAUUUAUUUUAUUUUUGUCAACAAAUCUUGUGAAAAGACCAAAUGCAACAGUGUGUUAUUCGCGCACACACACACUAACCACUGAUAAUGAAUGUUACUUAUACAUUUAACUCCUCCUUAUUACACGCCAGUAAAGGACACAUACAAGUUGGCUGCAAGAUUAGUGAGCAGUAUAUAUCUGUGUCUGGGGAAACAGUGGUGGUUUGGUGCCUUGCUCAAGGGUACUUCAGUCUCUGACCUGUCCUGUGAUUUGAACGGGCAGCCCUCUGGUUACAAGCCCAGUUCCCGUCCACUAGGCCACAUGCUACCCUACAAAUAUAUAAUGUUAGAUGUUUGUUUUCAGAAAAGGUUUGACGUGCAACAAACACAACAGCAAUGAGUGCUAAACAUAUGGGGCGUUUAACAUUUAGUGUUGAAAAUACUAGUUUGAUGUUUUCAUGGGAUUUGAUGACAAUAAAAAUAUAGAAUAUGCCCAGGUGUGUGUGUGUGUGUGUGCGUG